CUGUUCUUUCUUCAGGUUGCUUGGUUCUGCCACAAAAAAGAAAUUUUAAAAAAAAAAAGUGAUUUACUGAGAUGGGUAGAUUGAGACGGUGGUAAUUCUAAGUGAAUUUGAUGGUUUGGGAGAUGGAGACUGAUAAUAUUGAAGACAUGGACAUGGAAGUCCUGCCUUCCAUGUGGCCUGAAGAUAUCGGAGCUGAUGCAGGGAAGCAAUUUAACAUAGACAAGCCAGGACAAGAUCAAGACAUGUUGGAGGAGGUCACAUUUAUAGAGGAACCAACUAUAGUAGAUUUCAAGCGUCUCUUGGAGCUAACCAACUAUACCGACAAGGGCUCUUCUCAACUAGCAUUCCUUGUAAAACACUGGGAGUAUAAGCAGGCAAAUGCCGUGCGGCUUCUCAGAGAAGAACUAGACAUCCUAAGCAAGCAAAGGCAGGAAGUUGAGCUCAAGAAGUUGGAGAUAUUGGAAGAGCACCGGUUCGAGGAAGAAAGUUAUGGCGGAGACAAGCGCCCCAUUUCAAUUUUGGAUGAGGUUUAUGAUAUAUGGCUGGAUAUUGCUCCGAAGAAACAUGAUGUUGUUGUUCAGAGCAAGAGAGUUGAGAUUGAAGCUGAGUAUGAUACUGUUGUGUACUGGAAGCAGAGGGCAAUGCAUUUGGAGAAGUUGUUGGAGGCAAGUGCAGCGAGAGAGCAAAUACUUGUGGAUAAAUUGCAGGAAAGCAUUCAAAGUCUUGAAAGGCAGUCAUCACCGGUGGAAGAAUUGUCCCAGAUUUUGAAAAGAGCAGAUAAUUUCUUGCAUUUUGUACUUCAGAAUGCACCUGUUGUUAUUGGACAUCAGGAUAAGGAAUUGCGGUAUCGGUUUAUCUAUAAUCACUUCCCAAGUCUGCAAGAGGAGGACAUUAUAGGAAGAACAGAUGUUGAGAUUUUUACCGGGGCCGGCGUUAAGGAAUCUCAAGACUUCAAGAAGGAAGUUCUGGAAAAGGGGUUACCUGCAAAAAGGGAGAUUACAUUUGAGACACCAUUAUUUGGGUCAAAAACAUUUUUGAUAUAUGUGGAGCCUGUCUUCAGCAAGGCAGGAGAGACAAUUGGUAUAAAUUACAUGGGGAUGGAUGUAACUGAUCAGGUGAGGAAAAGAGAAAAGAUGGCAAAGCUUAGGGAGGAAAUCGCCGUCCAAAAAGCCAAGGAAACAGAACUGAACAAAACAAUUCACAUCACAGAGGAGACAAUGCGAGCAAAGCAAAUGCUGGCAACAAUGUCUCAUGAGAUAAGAUCACCUCUUUCCGGGGUUGUGAGCAUGGCUGAGAUACUUACCACCACGAAACUUGAUAGAGAGCAACGACAGCUUUUGGAUGUCAUGUUAUCUUCAGGAGAUUUGGUCCUUCAACUGAUAAACGACAUCCUUGACCUUUCCAAGGUGGAGUCAGGAGUAAUGAAGUUGGAAGCUACCAAGUUCCGGCCAAGAGAAGUAGUGAAGCAUGUACUACAGACUGCAGCAGCAUCAUUGCAGAAAAUAUUGACCUUGGAAGGACAUGUAGCGGAGGAUGUUCCUGUGGAGGUCAUUGGAGAUGUUCUAAGGAUUCGUCAAAUCCUCACCAACUUGAUCAGCAAUGCAAUCAAAUUUACUCAUGAAGGGAAAGUUGGGAUAAGACUUUACGUGGUAUCAGAUCCAUCUUUGGAAGAGGGUGAAAGAUGUCCUCAAAAGUUGAAUGCAGAUCAAUCAACUGUUUCAGAAAAUGGACUGAAAGAGGAUGCUGAUCGAGAAGGUUUUCACGUCGACGGACCUUACCAGAAUCAUUCACUUAAUGAUGAACCUAGGACCCCGGCUAAGAGUGAAGUCUCAAUGGACGCAGAUCAAGAGGAGGAACCUCAAACCACAACGGUUUGGUUGCGCUGUGAUGUAUAUGAUACAGGAAUUGGAAUACCAGAAAAUGCUUUACCUUCUCUGUUUAAAAGAUACAUGCAAGUCAGUGCUGAUCAUGCUCGAAAAUACGGAGGCACGGGAUUAGGACUAGCAAUAUGCAAACAAUUGGUUGAGCUAAUGGGGGGUCAACUCACAGUGUCUAGCCAAGAACACUGCGGGUCUACAUUUACAUUUGUACUCCCGUACAAGGUUUCAACGUUGUCUGACCAUUCUGAUGAUCCCGAUGAUCCUGAAGAAGUCGUGGAUAUGGCUAAUCAUGAUGCUGCAACUGAUGAAGUAGCCGAGAGCUUUUUCCAGUUCCAACCACGCACUCUGGGGUCUCUGUUUUCUUGUAAUGGAUCCAGCAGGACCCAAAAGUUGUUACCACAAAAGAUCGGUUUUAGUGGUUCACAUAAACUCAAUGGGUUCUCACAAAAUUCGUACUCAUUUCCCCAAAAUAACAUCAUCCCAGAGGAGAUGGCUUCAGUUGAAAAUGGCUGUUCAGCAAUUGAUGUUGCUGAGACAUUAUCUGAACCAGAGAGUUCAGCGAGUCACAUCUCCAAUCAUAACUGCGAAACUCCAGCUCAUGCAGACAAACAGGGUCAAGAUGACACAAAUAAUCAAUUCCAAGAUUCUAGAAACACAGACUCAAGUUCUCACGCAGAGCCAAGCAGAGAAGUUUCUGUAGCAGCAAAGCUAAGAGAACCCCAAGGAACAUGUAAGAGGCAGGAGAAAUCUGAUGCAGACUCGGAGAGUACUUCAUCAAAUAUACCAAAAUCAACAUCGAAACCUAAGAUUCUUCUAGUUGAAGACAACAAAAUUAAUGUUAUGGUGACGCAAAACAUGAUGAAGCGGUUAGGCCAUAGCAUUGAUGUUGUGAAUAACGGAAUUGAAGCUGUGCGAGCAGUUCAACACUGUAGUUACAAUCUCAUUCUGAUGGAUGUUCACAUGCCGGUUAUGGAUGGCCUACAAACUACAAGAAUAAUACGUUCCUUCGAAGAAACUGGCAACUGGGAUGCUGCUGAGAAAGCAGGAAUUGAGCUAACCGUGCCUUCUCAAGAUGCAUUACAAAAUGGUCACAGUUAUACGCCUUCGGGAAACCGAAUUCCAAUCAUUGCGAUGACAGCAAAUGCAUUUUCAGAGAGCGCAGAUGAGUGUUUUGCAAGUGGGAUGGACUCAUUUGUGCCGAAGCCCAUAACAUUCCAAAAAAUUAAAGAGCGUCUUGAACAAUACCUACCCGAUUGAGAUAAAACAUCAGU